AUAAUAGCGGUAAAUACUCUUUGUUACCAGAUCUCUACAAAACAGUUUACAAAACAUUAAACUUUUCAUAGUCUGAUUUUUUCAGAUUUAAUUUUAAAAAAUAAACAAAAUGCGAACAUGUUUUGUGCCAUUUUGUGAUAGUAAAAAUAAAGAUCAACCUAAUAGGACCAUGUUUUUAGUGCCUAAGGAACCCGUACUAUUUGCACAAUGGGCAGAACUUUUACCAAAAGUACGCACUUUAAGAUCUAUUGAUAGAGUAUGCUAUUUGCAUUUUCGUCCAGAAGAUGUUGUCUAUACAUUUGAUCAUUGCAUCAAUGGUCAAAUAUUUAAAAUACAUAGAGAUAGACCUAGAUUAAAGCCGGAUGCCUUGCCAUGUUUGGAAAUGACUACCAAAGAGGAACUGCUUUCAUACAAAGUAAAACAUCGACUACGGUCAAACGCUAAAGUAAGUGAAAAUACGAUAAAAGAUCAAAUUUCUGAUCUGAUUACUGAGGAACAGUCACCAGAUAAUGAAACUAAAAUGAACACCGAGGAAAUUGAUGAAAUUCUGCUACCACUAGAAGACAACAAGUGUGGCAUUAUAGUAAAUUUUGAAGAUGAUAACGAAAAUAUUACGAAUCAAGAAGCAAGAACAAAUAAUGAAUCGGAGAAUCAAAUAAUUGAUGAUCUAAUAACAGAAGAAACUAGCUACGAAUGUGAGGAAAUCCUCAACACCAACAAACAACAUUCAGUUUUAAAUAAAAUAUUAGAUUUAUUUAAUUUACUCUAUGACAAUGUCUAUGAAGUUAUAGCACCCAAUACUCUUUGGGGUAUACACCGCUGUCCCCAUCGUUCGCUGAUAUGUUUUACUUAUAUGGAUGUUACGAAACUACAAGUUAGCAAAAUUAUUUCUAUAACACCCGAUGGUUUAGUGCAAUUGAUUAUCCAUGGCAGUACAAUUAAAACUCUUGAAUUGGUGCAGGAUAUUGAUGAUUUCGAUAGUAUGUCGGUGUUGUUAAAUCAGGUGGAUAUGUGGCGUUUGUGUUUUGGUAAGCUAACGGAUUCGAAUGCCGAAUGUGAAAUUAUUGUAGAACCAAACGAUGACAACAGUUGGAGUACUGAUGAUAAUGCUCAGAUAUUUUUGUGUAAACAAUGUUUGCAAGCAAGCAAAGAUGAUAUCGAUAUAAAUUUAUAAUAAAUUGAAAG